ACGAACUCAUUCAUUAUUCUCUUGGAUAUAUCCGCCAUGCCAGUUCAUGUAUUGUCACAUCCAGUCGCAAACACGCAUAUUUGCCGGCUAAGACAGGCAUCGACCUCUCCGAAGGACUUCCGAGAGGCGAUCCAGCAGAUCAGUUUAUUCCUAGGUAUAGAGGCUACUAGAUCCUUGGAGGAGAAGCCGUUUGAAGGGGAAUCACCAGUUGGAAAAUUCAGAGGCACUGUCGUUAAACCUCGAAUCGGUAGACCAAAGCUGAUCUAUCAAUGUUUUGUGGCCAUAAAAACCUGUUCCUAGGUCUAACUCCAAUCCUUCGUGCUGGAUUAGGAAUGUCUGAUGCUCUGCUCUCGCUGGUGCAUGAUGCUCCCGUCUAUCAUCUCGGAUUAUUUCGGGAGAAGGUUUCCCUCCAACCAGUAGAAUACUAUUCAAAGCUUCCAGCCGAGCCCCCAGUGGAUAUAGUGUAUCUUUUGGAUCCUUUGAUCGCGACAGGAGGUACGGCUUGCGCUGCAUUAGCGAUGCUCGUGGAUUGGGGACUUGCACCUAUCAACGUAAAGAUCCUCUGUGUACUGGCUUCCCAAGACGGUUUGGACAAAAUCAACCAGGAAUAUCCCGGUGUCGAGAUUUGGGUUGCAGCUGUCGACCCUAAUUUGAGUGAUCGAGGCAUCGUUAAACCCGGACUGGGAGAUGCAGGCGACCGACUCUUCAACACAAUUCGGCCAUAGAAAUAAUUGACAAAUGGAAUUAUCGCCUUUUGUACGCGCAGGGUUUCAAAAGAUGUACUUGUGCCAAAAUCUUUGACCAUUCCUCUUCAGUCCUGUACUUUCUUGUGACCUUUUUGAAUUCAAAUAACGUGAAAUGUGUGUUUUGUUGAUCCUAGAGUUGUCACUGUGUUAGGUUUGCCCUUUCGUGUAUUUAGCGAGACGUAUACCUUGCUAAUCAGACGGAAACC